CUGGCUCUGUCAGCCGAGCAUGGCCCCGGCUGCAGGACAACCCCGCUGGCGCCGCCGUCCUGCCGGGGCCGGAGUUGGGGGGAUGUCCUUGACCUUCCCUGUGGGCCGGAGGCAAAUCCCCUCCCUGUCCUUCUUGCUUCCUGCCCCAGGCCCCGAGCUGAGGACGGAGAGCCCGGAGGACAAAUCCCCCCGGCAGAGCCUGGUGGGAGAGGCCGUUUUGAAGGACUCCACGGCACAGGAAGGCAGCGGGGAGGAAAAGGGCCGGAGAUCCCCCCGCAGGAGGGGCUCCAAAGCCAGCCCAGGGUGCUCUGAGGAGGGAAGAGCCAGCCUGUGCCGGGAAGGUGGCCGGAGCUUGAGCCAGAACUCUGAGCUGGUGGUCCCUGAGCAGCCUCCCAGCAGGGAGAAGCCCUUCAGGUGCUUGGAAUGUGGGAAGAGCUUCAAGGCCAGCACCACCCUCCUCAUCCACAAACACAUCCACACUGGGGAGCGGCCCUACACAUGUGGGGAAUGUGGGAAGAGCUUCAAGUGCAGCUCCAACCUAGUCCGACACAAGCGCAUCCACACUGGGGAAUGGCUGUACACGUGUGGGGAAUGUGGGAAGAACUUCAGGGACAGCUCCACCCUCCUCACCCACCAGCACAUCCACACCGGGGAACGGCCCUACACGUGUGGGGAAUGUGGGAAGAGCUUCAACUGCAGCUCCAACCUACGCAACCACUGUCGUGUCCACACUGGGGAACGGCCCUACACAUGUGGGGAAUGUGGGAAGAGCUUCAGUGACAUCUCCACCCUCCGCAGCCACCAGCGCAUCCACACCAGAGAGCAGCCCUACACGUGUGAGGAGUGUGGGAAGAGCUUCAGUACGAGCUCCAGCCUCCUCGUCCACCAACGCAUCCACACUGGAGAACGGCCCUACAAAUGCUUGGAAUGUGGGAAGAGAUUUCAGACCAGCUCACAUCUCCUCCUGCACCAACAGACACACACGGAUGAGAGGCCCUUCCGCUGCACCGACUGUGGGAAGGGCUUCAAGCAGAGCUCCGCCCUUGUCACCCACUGGCGCAUUCACACCGGGGAGCGGCCCCACAAGUGCUUGGAAUGUGGGAAGAGGUUUCAGACCAGCUCAAAUCUCCUCAGGCAUGAGCAGACACACACGGAUGAGAGGCCCUUCCGCUGCACCGACUGCGGGAAGGGCUUCUGCCAGAACUCCUCCCUUGUCACCCACCGACGCAUCCACACCGGGGAGAGGCCCUACAAGUGUGGGGAGUGUGGGAAGAGCUUUGCCCAGAGCUCUACCUUGACCAGACACCAACAGACCCACCGGUAAGAGAAGCGCCUCGAGUGCCCCGACUGCAGGAAGAGCUUCGACUGCUGCUGCUGCUGCAACUCCAUCAGCCAUUGAAGGACCCCGUUGGGUGAUCCACAGGGACCCACGUUGGAUACAGACCUGGUGACCCUUGUUCCAGGUGAUCCAUGCUGGGCACACCCCUGGUGACCCGUGUCCAGCCCCUGUCCCGA